AUGGCGUGGUGUCAGUUCGGGCGGUGCAUUCGCGGCGGGCUAGCGGCCAACGACGUCGUCAACGACAAUGUAGGCAACAACUGCUCCGUCAAGCUGGAGUUCGCCAACGGAUACACCAUUGAACGGUGUCGCAAGCACAAGGUCUACAAAAAUCGCGUCAUUAUCUCGCUGCGUGGUGAGCCACAGCCCCAGUUCGAGCACCCAGACGUGCGCACAACGCAGGCGGCCAUCAACGAGCUGCUUGGCACCGACUACGAGACAUACGUCAGGACGGUCGUGCUGAGCCACGAGAGUGCAGCGAGCUUUUUGAACUCGACGCCAGCGCAGCGGCGCGACCUGAUCGAGGCAUCGCUCGGACUGUCAAUGUUAGAUCAGUGCGGACAGGUGUCGAGGCUGCUGCUCAAGGACAUCGACGCAGACGUGAACAAGGUGGAGGGCGAGCUAGAAGGUUUGGUCCGGACGAUAGAGUAUAAUGAACGACGGCUCGAAGAUCUAAACCGGACACAGAAACGCCUCGAAUAUGAGGCGGAGGAGGCUGUCACAUCUUUAGAGGCAGCUCUUCAAGACCAUGCAAGCAAAGGAACCCAGGCCCCCGAGCUCAACAUGGAUUUUCGCAUUCAGAUUUUGGCGCUGCAGAAUCAAAUCCACACCGAGCAGGAGAAUUUACAACGGCUGAAGAGCUCUUAUGCCCAGAUGCAAGAGCAGAAACAUGCCGAGUCGACAUCAUGGCCAGGCUGGCUACAGCAGCAACUCAGUCAAAAACUCGAGGCCAUGACCGCGGCUCACCCCAUAGGCCUGCGCAGACUCUUCCACGUCAUAGAGGCCUCUAUUCUCCGCGUCCUUUUAGUGACCUUUAGGGGCCUCGUGCGCACAUUCGGGAUUCCAAAGGACCGCCCUCGGGGAACAACCAGCACCCAAAACCAUGACCAGGAAGCGGCCAUUAACGGUCUCCGUCGAGACAUCAAGACAAGCACGUCGCGGUUACAGAGCCUAAGGCACGAGGAAAAGCUGAGUACUGACCACGCCAUCAUGAUUAGCGAGCAGCUUGCGCAGGCCAUCCGGGCUCAAAAGGCAUGCGAAGCCUUGCACCAACAGGCCACGAUCAAGCAACGCGACGUAGCCACAUAUAAGUGCCUGGCUGAAACCGAGCAGUCAUCUCUGCACUCCCUACGCUCGGAACACGACGCGCUGGCCACUAAGCUGCAAGAGCUUGCCGCUAAUCGCGAGCUCUUCGUCUUUUGGUCCUCCGCCCUGGCAAGGCGCGCCUGCCGCGCCUCUUCGUCUUCCUCGCCCAGCUCCACGACGAAGGCAACGGUCAAUUUCCGCGAGCACAUCCUUGUGAAGUCAUUAUCGGAGCUCAACGCACUCCUCGCGUAG